UGCAAUUACUUUUCGCGAUGUGCGGUUGGGGAUUCUCACGUUGAUGGUUGCAAGGGGAGUAGUUCGUGUUCCUAGAGAGUGAAACUGUUCUAGGGAAGGAAAGUGUUGGAGUAACCAAAUUAGAUUUCAUAAAGGCGCAAACAAGAGAGGGAAGUUUUGAAACACAGAACGGGUCUGCCUUUUUCUCUUGGAUAGGAGAGCGGACUUAAGUUUUCAUCAUGCCGGUUUUUCACACAAAGACGAUAGAAAGUAUCCUAGAGCCGGUGGCUCAGCAGAUAUCCCACCUGGUGAUAAUGCACGAAGAAGGUGAAGUGGACGGGAAAGCUAUCCCGGAUCUCACCGGACCUGUGGCUGCAGUGCAGGCGGCUGUCAGCAACCUGGUCCGGGUGGGGAAAGACACUGUCCAGACUACGGAGGACCAGAUAAUGAAGAGAGAUAUGCCUCCAGCUUUCAUCAAGGUGGAGACUGCAUGCACCAAGCUGGUGCAGGCAGCAUCUAUGUUGAAAGCAGACCCUUACUCCGUCCCCGCUCGAGAUUACCUCAUCGACGGCUCCCGGGGCAUCCUCUCUGGCACAUCGGACCUGCUACUGACCUUCGACGAAGCUGAGGUUCGUAAAAUCAUUCGCGUCUGCAAAGGUAUCCUGGAGUACCUAACCGUGGCAGAGGUGGUGGAAUCUAUGGAGGACCUGAUCACAUACACAAAGAACCUGGGUCCAGGGAUGACAAAGAUGGCAAAGAUGAUUGACGAGCGACAGCAGGAGCUGACCCACCAGGAACACCGUGUGAUGCUGGUCAACUCCAUGAACACAGUCAAAGAGUUGCUGCCUGUACUCAUCUCAGGUAUCAAGAUCUUUGUGACGACCAAGACGUCCGGCAGCCAGGGAGUAGAGGAGUCUCUGAAGAACAGGAACUUCACCUUCGAGAAGAUGAGCGCUGAGAUCAACGAGAUCAUUCGGGUGCUGCAGCUCACUUCCUGGGACGAAGACUCCUGGGCCAAUAAGGAUACAGAGGCCAUGAAGAGAGCUCUGGCACUCAUCGACUCUAAGAUGACCCAGGCCAAGAGCUGGCUGAGGGAUCCCAAUGCCCAACAAGGGGAUGCAGGAGAACAGGCCAUCCGUCAGAUCCUGGAUGAGGCUGGGAAGGUGGGAGAGCUCUGUGCUGGGAAGGAGCGGAGGGAUAUCCUGGGCACUGCCAAAACUCUGGGCCAGAUCACUGACCUGGUGUCUGAGAUGAGGUCCAGGGGUCAGGGGGCAUCUCCUGCAGCCAUGCAGAAGGCCCAACAGGUCUCCCAGGGCCUGGACAUUCUCACGGGAAAGGUGGAGAACGCAGCCCGGAAAUUGGAGGCCAUGACCAACUCCAAACAGGUCAUCGCCAAGAAGAUCGACGCUGCUCAGAACUGGCUCGCAGACCCCAACGGUGGUCCUGAGGGAGAGGAGAACAUCCGCGCCAUCCUGACUGAGGCCAAGAAGAUCGCUGACAUGUGUGAAGACCCCAAGGAGAGAGAUGACAUCCUGAGGUCCAUCGGAGAGAUGGCUGCUCUCACCGCCAAGCUCUCUGAGCUCCGGAGACAGGGUAGAGGAGAUACUCCGGAGGCCAGGGCAUUGGCCAAACAGAUAGCCACGGCUCUGCAGAACCUGCAGUCGAAGACCACCAAGGCUGUAGCCAACAGCAGGCCUGCUAAGGCAGCAGUCCACCUGGAAGGGAAGAUAGAACAGGCCCAGAGCUGGAUGGAGAACCCUACCAUUGAUGAUGGUGGAGUGGGCCAGGCAGCUAUCCGGGGUCUGGUGGCGGAGGGUCGUCGUCUGGCUAACGCCCUGCCAGGUCCCUAUAGACAGGAGCUGCUGGGGAAGUGUGAGCAGGUAGAACAGUUGAUGGCCCAGCUAGCCAACCUGGCCGCCAGGGGCGAGGGAGAGUCGCCACAAGCACGUGCCGUGGCUCAGCAGCUCCAGGAGACCCUGAAGGACCUCAAAGAAAAGAUGCAGGAAGCUAUGACUCACGAAGUGUCAGACAUCUUCAGCGACACGACCACUCCCAUCAAACUACUCGCUGUGGCCUCCACCGCCCCGUCCGAUGCCCCUAACAGGGACGAGGUGUUUGACGAGAGGGCGGCCAACUUUGAGAACCAUGCCAAUAAGCUGGGUGCCACGGCAGAAAAGGCUGCCGCGGUAGGAACAGCUAACAAGACCACUGUGGAGGGGAUCCAAGCUGCCGUCAAGUCUACAAGGGACCUGACACCACAGGUGGUCUCUGCAGCCCGUAUCCUGCUGAGAAACCCAGGCAACCAGGCUGCAUACGAGCACUUUGAGACCAUGAAGAACCAGUGGAUUGACAACGUGGAGAAAAUGACAGGUUUGGUGGACGAGGCCAUAGACACCAAGUCUCUGUUGAAUGCCUCUGAGGAGGCCAUUAAGAAAGACCUGGAUAAGUGUCGUGUGGCCAUGGCUAACCACCAGCCCCAGAUGUUAGUGGCAGGGGCAACUAGCAUCGCCCGGCGGGCCAACCGGAUCCUCCUGGUGGCGAAACGGGAGGUGGAGAACUCUGAGGAUCCUAAGUUCAGGGAGAUAGUGAAGGCUGCAUCUGAUGAGCUCAGCCGGACCAUCUCUCCCAUGGUGAUGGACGCCAAGGCUGUGGCUGGGAACAUCACAGAUCCAAGUCUGCAGAAGGGCUUCCUGGACUCAGGCUAUCGAAUCCUGGGUGCCGUUGCCAUUGUGAGAGAUGCCUUCCAGCCACAGGAACCAGACUUCCCACCACCACCACCUCCUGAUCUGCAUCAGCUGCACGUCAGCGACGAGCCCGCCCCACCCAAACCCCCUCUCCCCGAGGGUGAGGUUCCUCCCCCCAGACCCCCUCCCCCAGAGGAGAAGGACGAGGACUUCCCAGAGCAGGUAUUGGGAGAGAUGGUGAGCGAGCCCAUGAUGAUGGCCGCCAGGCAGCUCCACGAGGAGGCCCGCAAGUGGUCUAGCAAGGGUAACGAUAUCAUCGGUGCAGCCAAGAGAAUGGCCCUGCUCAUGGCUGAGAUGUCCCGUCUGGUGCGCGGUGGCAGUGGGAACAAGCGUGCCCUCAUCCAGUGUGCCAAAGACAUCGCCAAGGCCUCAGAUGAGGUCACAAGGCUGGCCAAGGAGGUGGCCAAGCAGUGCACAGACAAACGCAUCCGGACUAACCUGCUCCAGGUGUGUGAGCGGAUCCCCACCAUUAGCACACAGCUCAAGAUCCUCUCCACAGUCAAGGCCACCAUGUUGGGUCGUACCAACAUCAGUGAAGAGGAGUCAGAGCAGGCCACAGAGAUGUUGGUUCACAAUGCCCAGAACCUGAUGCAGUCUGUGAAGGAGACGGUAAGAGAGGCUGAGGCUGCCUCCAUCAAGAUCCGGACAGAUGCAGGCUUCACUCUCCACUGGAUCCGUAAGACACCCUGGUACCAAUAAGAAGAUACGGGCCAACUGUCCAUUCAACUACGUCCCAAAUGGCACUCUAUUCCCUAUGUAUGGCAUUACUUUUGACUUGGGCUCAUGUCUGGUUAAAAGUAGUGUACUAAAUAGGGAAUACAGUAGGUUGCCAUUGUCCAUUCAACUACGUCCCAAAUGGCACUCUAUUCCCUAUGUAGGGCAUUACUUUUGACUUGGGCUCAUGUCUGGUUAAAAGUAGUGUACUAAAUAGGGAAUACAGUAGGUUGCCAUUUGGGACACGGAUUAUUCUGUUCCUCUGCUCAAGGCUCAGCUUGUUAAGAAGAAAAAAAACACCCAGAUCCUUUGAGCAAUAUAUUUGAUGGACACAUACAUACUAAUUCCAAGCUACAAUGAAUGAAAACUCUGCAUGGUUGGGGUAAAAAGAGUGAGUUAAUACUGAAUACACUAUUUAUCAGUCAAUGUCAAUCCCAUACCUGCCUGUAAACAGUGUUUUUAGACUUUCUAGGUGUGUGUGUGUGUGUGUGUGUUAGAGGUUUGCUUUUCUUAUCCAGUAAGAUUAAAGGAGUACUAUUAUCAGUCUCAUUUAAACAUACAGUAGCCCCAAAUCUAAGUAAAAAUUUGAACAUUAUUAAGAUUUGUCUUGGAAGACGUUUGUAUAUCUUUAUACUGGUUCUUUAUUUCACUAUCUGCAUUGUGCAGUCACUGUUGCUAGGACAAAGCACAUCCAACUCAAUGGGAGUUGGUUCGAGCAUAUCAUUAUGCUGAGCUCUACACGCAAAUAUAUAUGAUUCAGUGGUUAUUAUGUCUGUUUACACUAUGUUCUAGAAACGGAAAAAUAAACACUAUUCCCUUUUCCAUAUUUGUGUUACAGUUGAAGUCGGAGGUUUACAUACACUUAGGUUGGAGACAUUAAAACUUGUUUUUUAACCACUCUACAAAUUUCUUGUUAACAAACUAUAGUUUUGGCAAGUCAGUUAGGACAUCGACUUUAUGCAUGAUACAAGUCAUUUUUCCAACAAUUGUUUACAGACAGAUUAUUUCACUUAUAAGUCACUGUAUCACAAUUCCAGUGGGUCAGAAGUUUACAUACAGUGAGUUGACUGCGCCUUUUAAAUAGCUUGGCAAAUUCCAGAAAAUGAUGUCAUGACUUUAGAAGCUUCUGAUAGGCUAAUUGACAUCCAUUUGAGUCAAUUGGAGGUGUACCUGUGGUUGUAUUUCAAGGCCUACCUUCAAACUCAGUGCCUCUUUGCUUGACAUCAUGGGAAAAUCAGCCAAGACCUCAGAAAAUAAAUUGUAGACCUCCACAUGUCUGGUUCAUACUUGGGAGCAAUUUCCAAAUGCCUGAAGGUACCAUGUUCAUCUGUACAAACAAUAGUAUGCAAGUAUAAACACCUAGAGAUGAACGUACUUUGGUGCGAAAAGUGCAAAUCAAUCCCAGAACAGCAGCAAAGGACCUUGUGAAGAUGCUGGAGGAAACCGGUACAAAAGUAUCUAUAUCCACAGUAAAACAAGUCCUAUAUCGAUAUAAACUGAAAGGCCGCUCAACAAGGAAGAAGCCACUGCUCCAAAACCACAAUAAAAAAAGCCAGACUACGGUUUGCAACUGCACAUUGGGACAAAGAUCAUACUUUUUGGAGAGUUGUCCUCUGGUCUGAUGAAACAAAAAUAGAACUGUUUGGCCAUAAUGACCAUUGUUAUGUUUGGAGGAAAAAGGGGGAGGCUUGCAAGCCGAAGAACAUCAUCCCAACCGUGAAGCACGGGGGUGGCAGCAUCAUGUGGAGGUGCUUUGCUGCAGGAGGGACUGGUGCACUUCACAAAAUAGAUGGCAUCAUGAGGACAUGAGGACAAUUAUGUGGAUAUAUUGAAGCAAAUUCUCAAGACAUAAAUCAGGAAGUGAAAGCUUGGUUGCAAAUGGGACUUCCAAAUGGACAAUGACCCCAAGCAUACUUCCAAAGUUGUGGCAAAAUGGCUUAAGGACAGCAAAGUCAAGAUAUUGGAGUGGCCAUCACAAAGCCCUGACCUCAAUCCAAUAGAAGAUGUGUGGGCAGAACUGAAAAAUCGUGUGCGAGCAAGGAGGCCUACAAACCUGACUCAGUUACACCAGCUCUGUUAGGGGAAAUGGGCCAAAAUUCACCCAACUUGUGGAACGCUACCCAAGUUUAACAAUGUAUACUUCUGACCCACUGGGAAUGUGAUGAAAGAAAUAAAAGCUGAAAGAAAUAAUUCUCUCUACCAUUAUUCUGACAUUUCACAUUCUUAAAAUAAAGUGGUGUUCCUAACUGACCUAAGACAGUGAAUUUUUACUAGGAUAAAAUGUCAGGAAUUGUGAGACUGAGUUUAAAUGUAUUUGUCUACGGUGUAUGUAAACUUCUAACUUCAAAUGUCGAUAGUGAGUUGGUUUUUGUAGCAAAGUUUAAAAAGAAAGUAUUGUCAAGACUGUCAGAGUUUAUUCUAGCCUGGUCCCAAAUCUGUUUGUGCUCUUUGCACCGGAGUUGGCGUGAUAGCCUGAGUGCUGGUCUGUUUAGUGCUAAGUUUGUUCCACCAUUAACUUUUUAAAUAUAUUUUUUUAUGUUUUGAGGUUUAUUAUAUGUGCGCUGUUGGAAAACACAAAGGCUCGAUCUUCAGACACAUUGCAUAGAGAAUGUCUUAUUAACUUAUAAUGUUUACAACCAUUUAGCGUACAAAAGAGUUGACGAUUGAAAAUAAAUAUCCAUUUAGAUGACAUGUAUUCAACUAUGUCAGUUUCUGGACUAGCUUGAUUUUUCACCAUGUUGCAUUGAGAUUACAUGUAGACCUUAGGUCUCCCUCUGGUCUGGCCCUCUAUACUUUGUACUUCUCAGAGAAUCUAUAGCAAGCCAGUCUCCGUGUUUUAGCCUGACUAGAGGCCAACUGUACUGUAAUGUUUAAACUGUGUCUUGACAUAACGUGGUGUGCGCUGCACAGCCAAUUUUGUGAAACAUUAAUGAAUGAUCAGUCAAAUACUUUGAAGAUUAGGUCUGGGUAUGGGGGAUAAAGAAGGUGUGGACAGUUUGUGGGCUAGCUUCUGAUUACUGUAUUAAGCCGAGUACUUGACUAAGCUGACACUAUGUCCAGGUAGACUCUCUUCCGUGAGACUACCCGUGUGUUUAAGUUCAAUGCAUCACAUGAAACUGGUGUUGAAAUAUCAGCCUUCUCUUCCUCUUAUAUCUUCAAACUACACUAAACUAACCCUUACAGUUGCUAACACAGCUGGUACAAACGGUUGGACGUUUUUAAAAUGUUUUCUUUUUGUGUGUCUGAAUAAGACCAGCGCAGUUUGAAUGUGUAGAUGAAGUUACUGAGACCCUACAAAACCAUCUGAAGUGCCUUGUAAUAAAAAAUACUAAUUGCAAUAAAAAACAAUUAAUUUACAUGAAA